GAGUAAAGGAGCUACACCUCUCCUCCUCCUCCUCCUCCUCCUUAACCUCCUCCUUCCUCGUCCUAGCUUCCUCUCCCUCUUCACUCCAUUCAGAGAAUGACCUUGUAGAGACAAUCCCAUCGAGUCCCCUCGUUGUUCGUGCUGUCAGUUUCUUGGUCUGCAGUUUGACUUGAGAAGAAAAGUGUCACGCUCAUGGAGGCGACGUUCACGCUGAUGUCCAUAUCUCUCCGUUUCAGAACUCAGCCAUGAAAUUUCUCUGGGCUUGAUUGCUUUUUUUUUUGCGACUCAACGUUUGUCUCGGAUUCUGAAUUCAGACUUGUUCCUUGUCUUUUCAUUUUGGAGCUGUUCUCCGAGGCGUGUGAGUCAGACGCCAUGGGCUCAGACGUACGUGACCUCAACACGCUCUUGUCUCCAGUGCCAGCUCUGCCAGCGGGGAACGGAAACUGCCCUCUGCCGGUCAGCAGUGCCCCUCAGUGGGCACCCGUGCUGGAUUUCCAUACUGGUGCCCCAUACAGCUCACUGGGCUCACACUCCUUCAUCAAACAAGAACCCGCUUGGGGUUCCACAGACCCCCAUGAGGACCCACACUGUGGUCUCAGUGCCUUCACCGUCCACUUCUCAGGACAGUUCACAGGUACCGGGGCGUGUCGGUACGGAGCAUUCGGAGCACCAGCACCUAAUCAGAACCCCACCAGCCAGAGCCGGAUGUUCAGUAACAGCCCGUACCUGUCCAACUGCAUGGACAGUCAGACUGGAUCCAGGAACCAGGGUUACGGUGCCGUUUCCUUCGACGGAGCCACGAACUACGGACACACGCCGUCCCACCACGCCACUCAGUUCCCCAACCACCCCUUCAAACAUGAAGACACCAUCCCUCAGCAAAGCAAUAUGGGUGAGCAGCAGUAUCCCGUCCCUCCCCCUGUUUACGGCUGCCACACGCCUUCCGAGAGCUGUACAGGAAGUCAAGCGCUGCUCCUCAGAAACCCAUACAACAGCAGUGACAAUUUAUACCAAAUGGCAUCCCAGUUGGAGUGCAUGGCAUGGAACCCUGUCAACCCGCUGGCAUCCAGCAUCAAGAGUCAUACACCGGGUUAUGAGAACGACCCGAGCACACCCAUGGUGUACAGCUGCAGCACCCAGUACCGAAUACACACCCAUGGAGUCUUCCGAGGAAUUCAGGACGUCAGAAGGGUCCCCGGCAUCGCUCCAGCCAUCGUACGCUCCGAGACCAACGAGAAGCGGCCGUUCAUGUGCGCCUACCCGGGAUGCAACAAGCGCUACUUCAAACUCUCUCACCUACAGAUGCACAGUCGCAAACAUACAGGUGAAAAGCCGUACCAGUGUGAUUUCACAGACUGCGGGCGGAGAUUUUCCCGGUCAGACCAGCUGAAGAGACAUCAGAGGAGACACACAGGCGUUAAACCUUUCCAGUGUGAGACAUGUCAGAGAAAGUUCUCACGGUCAGACCACCUUAAGACCCACACCCGGACUCAUACAGGUAAAACAAGUGAGAAGCCUUUUAAUUGCAGGUGGCCAAACUGCCAGAAGAAGUUUGCCCGAUCUGAUGAGUUAGUUCGGCACCACAACAUGCACCAGAGGAACCUGACCAAACUUCAGCUGGCCAUCUGAAGACCCUGCUGUCACGAAGCUGCUUCUGCUGUCAGAUAUAUCCCACUUCUGCAGGUCUCGGCUCUGCACGUUUAACUCUAAAAAACACUCACAAAGGCCCUGGUAUUUAGUUGAUAAGUAAAAAAAAGAUGAAUUAAGCUCCGGUGGUGUUUGCAGUCUGCAAAAUCUCUAUGGCUGGAGACUGAAUUUUGUGCUGGUCUAGGAUUUACUUCACCUGCCCAUAAGUGUUAUAUUAAAAAAAUAUUGUAACCUGUGUUGUAUGAUGAGACACAUAAUACGACAAUUCAGCUCCGAAGAACAACAAGGCAAUGGCAGGUGAGUAUAAUACCAGAUAAUGACUCAGGCUAUGGAAUAGCUAGCUGGCCUUUAAAGGUUGAAAAUGCACAGAACGCAAAAUCAACUGAAAUAUAAAAAAAAAUUCCCAGAUGAGUCAAUAAAAGGUUUAAAAAAAAAAGAAAAAGAAAUAUGCCUGAGUCAGCAUUUUACUGCAAACAGAACUUCUAUUGGAUUUCACCAUGAUGACAAAUGUGGAAAAAACAUGGGUGGACAAAUCAUAAAUCUGUCAGCUUAGUUUGUUCAAUUCGUGUUUUUAUUGCAAAAAAAAAAAAAAAGAAGAAAAAAAAAAGACCCUGACUAGUAAUAACAUUAUGUAAUAACAAACUCUUUGGUUGGUUGUAUUUGUUAUGUGAAAGCUACUUAAAUUCAAUUCUUUUAACAAGUUUAAAUACACAAAAUCUAAUUUUCUUUAGCAAAAGUCAUUGCUGAUUUUUUUUUUCUUUCUUUGCAUUUAAAUAGCGUAAAAAGAAAAAGAUAAGAAACUAAUAAGCGGUAUAAUAAACGGUAUGUCCAUUCCCUUGUCAUCAUUACAACUUGCCAACUAUCUGAAAAUUCUAACCUUUAAAGUUCUACGUAGCAUAACACCAGGGCGGUUCAGGCAUUGCGAAAUUAAAAUGCUAAAUUAUUGCUAAAACCAGGUGUAUAAUAAUCGUAUUGAUUUGGGCAGCGGACGUUAGUCUUAGACACGACAGUGUGACACUACGGGCAGUUCAGUACCAGCACUGAAAGCCUUUUUACCCCUGAUCAUGCCCUUGCUAGUGCCGUCGAGAUGUAUACCAAUAAGUGCACGUUAUAUUUACUAUACUAGCUCCUAGGACUUUUUAGUUUAAUUUAUUACUUUCUCUUGUAAAUUAAGAUCUCUCUCUUUCUCUUUCCCUUUCUCUCUCUCUCUCUCUGUCUCUUUCUUUUAAUAAACCGAGCAUUCAUUUUCUCCCAUGUAUCCAGAAUCCCACUUCAUUAUAUCACAAUUCCAAUAUUUGUAUUCAUGGACCAAUCAUUAAAGUAUAACCUCUGUAGCUUUUGGACGUCUGCAGUGUAAAUAGUGCUUCUCUCUGUAACCAUUAGGAGUUAAAUUAUCAGUAGGUCACACUGGCUAUGUGACUCUGGUUUGUGGUCAAGUUGUAAAUAUUACUGUCGCUCCACAGCUGGAACAAGAAAUAGAAGACUUUUUUUUUGUGGAAAAUGUGACUCACGUUCGCAAAAAAAGAGAGGAAAUGUGAAAACUACUCGGAUGGAAUUUUUGUUCUUGAACUGUUUUAUCUGUAUCAUAUGAAUAUAUGCAGUAUGUUAGUGAUAACCCUUUUUUUUUAUAAUUAAAUUGUUGAUGCCGGUAAAAAAA